CGUGGUUAGUCCGUGGUCUCGCGCGCACGUAGUACGUGCAACAGCGUUUGUUGCUCACUCGUCGUCCGAUCGACAUCGCGGGAGUCGCGUUCCGGAGCCGGGCCCGUGUGUGCAUUUGUUAAUUUACCGCGAUCAUCUGUACGAAUAAAAACAUUACGUAAGUACAACAAAAUUUACAUACAUUGUCGCGUCCUCGUGCAAACCGAAAAAUCUUCAGUGAAAACGCGAGUAAACAACGCGACUUUGCGCGUUGCGUUGAGUUAUCAAUAUCGAUAUCAGUGUUGACGAUUUUUACCCACAAAAAGUGAUCCAAGAGUUAAGCAGUGAAUUUGCGUGUUUGGAUUAAACUGGUUUCGUAAAUAUCUCCACGCUGUGCAGAAAAGGUGGCUACUGGCGUGUCUGUGACUUCUAGUGUAAUUAUCAUUUAGAACAGUACGAACUAAAAGUGUUAGAGUCAAGUGUAAAACAAAUUCAUUCAAACAAGAAGAAAGGAGGAAAACUUUGAACGGAACUUGGAUUUUAUGGCAAUAAAUCUGAAUGAACAUCAUUAAGCAAAAGGUGUAAUGGCACGCGCCGGGAUGGCUCUACGGCGGGGAAACCAUGGAAAUUCAGAAUGCGAUGAUGUGCAGAGGUCUAUAGAACUUUUAGACCGAGUUUUGUCCGAGUUCGACGAUGUUGAGAAUGCGAAUCAGGUUCAAAACAUCCAGCAGAUUUCCGGCACCGCAACCACCCCGCAGCAGGUAGCAACGACGGCGGUAAACGCCUCGACAACGCCAGAUGACGAAAGUCCCUCGCUGGGCCACCAGUCCGAGGAUGACGGCUACAUGAGCAUGAAUGGUCGGAAAGCAAAAUUCAAUCUCGCCUUUAAGCCACUGACCGAAGUGCCAAUGCAUCAGGAGGAUCCAAAUGUUGUGCUACCUGAGCCCAAUGACUUCCCACCACCACCUGAGGAAGCACAGAGGAUUAUUUCUAAUUUAUUGCCUAAAGUAUCACCAGCACAUUCAGCUAAAAGAAAUGCAAAUAAACCAAGAACAUCCCCAAUCACCCAAAUGGCUGCAAGAGAGGUGAGAGUGGAGACAAUUCCACCACCACAAAGAUUCCAGAAUGAAAUCAUCAUCAAUGGGGCGCAAAUGACAAGUCACAAUACAACGACGCAAACAACAUUGCCGAAAACACGCCAUCAACGUCCAUAUGGCUGGGAGUCCAAUGAAUGCCAUCCACUGCCGCCGCCCGGCUACCGUUUUGGCAGCCUACCCUUCCAGCACGGAGUGUAUCCACUUACAUCUCCAACGAGGGUGCCACCACGCACCGUCCCAUCAGUCCUGGAACGCCACCGCGAAGUCAGGCGUCGUGGAAGCGAAGAUAAUCUCUCAUCGGACCUCGAAGAACCAGGAUUGCGUCCGUUGAGCGAACUUGCUGACGACGAACAUUUCUCGGAUGAUUCACUCGAGGAGAUGCUUCCACCGCCGCCAUUGGUAAACAAACGCGCGAGUGUCGCCUGGGAAGUUCCAUUGGACAACGAUGAAACUUACGGUACGCCAGGUCACGCAAAGGUCAUCGGUAGAAGACGCCGGAAAUCCGGUUCGCAGUCUUCCACCAGUUCGAUUCCGAACCGUCUGAAGGAGUUUGACGACUGGCCUGAACCGCCACCGUGCACAACCGAGGAUGAAGUCACUUCGCCGUUUUCCGACACCGAUGAUGUUCACCUACCGCACGAGUUGAGUAAUUCGAAUCUGUCCGGCACAGGUACUUACAUAAUUCGUCGAGGUAAGAAAGACAAACGCCCGCAGUUGAGCAGCUCGGUGAAUUCGUCAUCGAGCCUGAAUUCACGGCUUAGUUCCGAUCUAAGCAUACAUCGUUUUUCGGGUGAUAUGAAUUCUCGUUUGAAUACGCCUAAUUCGAGAUACAGUAUUGACCUGGGGUCUUCCACGUCGCACUCGCGCGCGCACGAAUUAAACUCGCCGAAGUCUCGUUACAGUCUCGAUUUGAAUAAUCGACCAUUGAGUCAAGUCGAGUUAAGUUCGCCGUCGCGCUCCAGCUCAAGAUCGAGCACGCCGCAGAGCAAGCAUGAGUUCCGCAAGCACUCCACCACCUUUGAUAAUAUCAAGUCUUUGAUCAAAGAGGGUGUGAUUGAGCACUAUAAUGGUCCACACAUUGAAACCACCACCGAAUUGAACGCUAUGGUUAAUCCAAUCGUACGAGUUGUUUCGUUGCCUAAUGUCAGCGCUGAGGAAGCCACAACACGGCGUGAACUCGCUGUGACCGUCGAAGAGGAGGAAGAUUCAAUCACUAGCACCAGUGAUGAUAUUUCCCCGCUUCGAAAAAUCGAACAAAACAUCAGCGAACUUCUGGAGAGACGAGAUAUUGAAGUUUCUAGUCUUAUGCAGGCUGAUCUGUUAAAGAUGAACGGCGAAAUUGGUAUGGGUAAGUCUCUAAGCAAUGAAAAGAAAAAGAAUCGUGAUAAACGCGAUCUGAAUGACAUUCAAAAGUCGAACAGUCACAGCGAGAUUCUACGCUCGGAAGAUUACUACCGUCAGUUGUUAAUUGACGAAGGGAAUGUUCAGGAGGCGCAGCACCCGCCGAGGCGGACUGGUAUACAAAAGUCUGAGAGCGCUAAAGAGAUGUUAAUCUCACAUCGUGAGCGUGAACGCGAUAAGGAUGCUAGAAUCCUGCCGAUUUCCAGUUCGGUUGAUUUUCCACGUGUUGAAGUUUUGGACUUUCCACCUUUACCGCCCUCACCGGUGCAGGAAGACGAUGAGUAUUCGGAGAUUUUACAAUCUCUGGGCGCGUCCAAAGCGAAGGCGGAUACUCUACCAACGAAUGCGGAUCCGCCUGCUGUUCCGCCACAUCGUGAACCCUCGAAUAGUCUAAAAACACGGUCUAUGGAUGGUGGUUACAGUCGCGGAAGACGAAAUUACUCUUCAGGUCGUAAUGAACGCAGGACUCUGCCGAGCGAAAUGGAAUCCAAGCGCAAGUAUUACCACAAGAGGACCUCGCAUAGCCCACAGGAAGAACACCACAUGCAGACGUCGUGUAGUUUACCGGAAACGCCGAUAUUUGCUAGAGGGUGUGAUAUACCACGCACUCCACAUAGAAGGGCACCGGAUGUGCCUGGGAUCAGUGGAAAUCAAACAGCGCCGAGGCAAAGUUCCACCAUGAGCAGUAUUAACACGAUUGGCAAUAUGUCUACGGGUGGGUUUAGAAGAGGAUUGUCGAAUUCAGGGUUGGAGCAGGCGUAUAUGGGCGCGGAGAUGAUGCGCAUGGCGGGUGGGCCUGGACGCGGAUGGUAUCCGAAGCAACGGCAACGGAGACCCGCGUCGAUUGAGCAUUUGGACCGCUUGGCGCCGGGGCAGAAUCCGUGGGAUGCGAGCAGGAAGCCGCUGACGCUGCCGCCCAAUUUAACACCGAAGUUUUUCAAUCGUUCGCCGCGGGAUGCUCUUAGGAGGGUGACUAGUCUACUUAUAAGGAAAGGUAACAAUCCUAGUAAGGAAGGUAAAAGGAGAAAGAGGUUACGUCACCGACAAUUCAUGAAAAUGCAAACGGUCCUGAAGAAACACAAAAGAAGAAAGGAUUCUUUAAGAGUCUGUGGAAACGUUCGCGUCACUACUCCCUGGAGCAACAAUAAUGCAGCCGGCUGUAAUCGGAUUUUAACUAGGUAAAUAAGCUCUCAAAUCAACUAAAACUCUUUCUCAAAAAAUGAAAAAUGAAAGCAGAAUACAAAGCGCCAUAAAUAUGUUCAUGUUCUCUAUCGUAUGAUUAACUGGGUAUAACACUAACUUUUAACUUUGAUUUGGUUUCUAACCCGCAAAUCGAAAGCGACUAAUUGUAUACUAAUGAGGAAAAGUAUUCGUAAUCAAUGCACCGCGGACAACUAUUUAAAGAUACAAAUUGUCAUUGUUGCGACAAUAUUUCAUUUUCUACUUGGUAUAUAUUUCGAAUGUAAGAGUUUUCCAAAAACCUCUUUUUUGAUAAUAAUUAUUUUACGUAGUGCGACAAUUUUUGAUACGCGUUUUGACGACUAAUCGCCACGAACUCGAAUUAGUGCAUAAGAACGAAAAAAAACGACACUCGAAACAUUACAAAUCGAACGCGAAAUUAACUCUUCUAAGUGAAAAUCAAUACCGACUGCCCUUUCUACUACGAGUUUUUAAUUGAUAUUUGUAAAUUACGAAUAAGUCCGCACAAAAUUUUAUUUCGUAGAUUCAUCCUGAUUUUAUGUUCAAACUUUAAUCUCGAACAUUUAACAAAACUCACAUCUUAACACCUUUACACCAACUCACCCACCCACACACACAUCUAAUUAAUGAACUAACAAUUAAGUAUAUGAAAUGUUUAGAUAGUCGAAACACGUACCUUUACGAUUACUAAAACAAAGCAAAAAAUGAAAACUAAUGUUCACAUAAAAGUGCCCCGAUUUUAUAUGAUUCGAACUUGGAAGUUAUAAACAAAAUAAUUAUAUAAAAGUAUAUUCUAAUAUUAUAUUUUAGUCGGUACGUAAAAUUUAAACAAGACAUAUUUAACAAAACAAAAUGGCGGCUAGCGACAGAACGAUUAAACUUACAAUCUCAACUAAUAAUACAAAAUAAAAAUAAACUAGAAUCAAAACCGAUACGUACACAUACAACGUUUUUGAGUUGUUGCCAGUCCAUCAAAAAAGUUCACUCUACGCGUUUCUUAGGUUUAGACACGAUUUGAGCCAGAGGAAGAAAAAGUAUUUAUGUGUAAAUUAGUGUUUGGAGAGUAAAGGCAAAAAAAAACAUUGAAACUUUGAAAGGGUAUGAGGUGUGUAUUUCGAAUAUGGGCUUUUUGACAAUAUUUUUAAUACUUUAUUAACGUUAUGAUAUAUAAUUUGUAUAAUUUUAUUUUUAAAUUAAUUUGUUGGUUAUGUUGAAGAGUUUAUUUUUUAUUUAAUUGUUUUGUUUGUUUGUGGGAAUUGUGAUUCUCGAAUGAAUUUGUAUUACAUAUUAUUUGUUUGUCUCUUAUGUAGAUUUGUACAGUCUCUCUGUCUUGUCACGCGUCAAAGGGUGAUAAAUUAACACAAAAUACAUAUUUGUAGUAUGUGUGUCUGUAUAUUACAUUAUAUUCUUUUAUUUACAAGCAUUUAUUAAUAUUAUGUUAGGAGUAUUACUUGUAAAUAAUAAAGGGCUUCAUCAAAAAUA